GAAUUCACUACCACGGGAGCGAACCUUGUGUUCUUAUUUGUCGAAAAAUAUCACGUCAAAAAACAUUAAGUGGAGACGGACUGCGCAUAUGCGAAAUAUGCUGUUAAUUAUUCGAUGAAAGAAAGGCCAGUGUGUCAAUAAGUGAUUGUACGGUAAAAGCUCACUAUAUCGAACUGAAGCUGCGAAACAAAAUUUCGUCAUCCAGAGCUCAGUUUACCAGCAGUACACCUGCCGUUUCUAUGUGAAAACGACUGCAUAUCAAGAUCAUACUGUCUGUUGUAUGAUUGAAUUAAUGUUAUUACUAACAGCGAGAGCAAUGUGCUGGAAAACGUUCCCUUUCGCCUCGUUCAUAUUGGAAGUCAGACUUAAAGAGGUAAACCGCUACGUUUUGCAAAUAGCAAGUUGCUAGGAAAUUGCAGUUGAAUAUCAGGAGCGAAAUUCGAUACAAAAGAUUAACUAAAACGAAGUACUGAAUUAACUAGCCGAGCUAGUUACUACAUCAGUAGUAUAUGAAUUAACACUGAUGUCACAAAAAGGAAAUUUGCAUGUGUUCUACAAUCUUAAACUUUAUGUGAGCUUGGUAAUGAUUUUAGGAUAUCAUUAUAUAUUUACUCGGUCUUUUUAACAACAUAUUUGAGAAGUUCGCAUGUAAAAGUUGCACUCGCCAUGAAAUAAUUUUAAUAUCACCCAGUAACCUUUAAUUUCUUGUAUCGUCAAACAUCUGCUGGUUUUAGUUGACAUUAUCGGAAAAUUGUUUCUGACAGGUUUCAUUUGAAAGAUUGCUGUUUUUAAAUCGACGCCCAAUAUAAGCAUCUUUCGACAGCAACUUUAAAAGCAAACCUUUAACCAGUAUAGUAUGUGGAAGAUAUUUGCAGCGCUGUAUGAAAAUGAACCACAGAAACACUGAGAUAAUGAAUCACAAGUAUUUCUUUUGUAGUCACAAAUUUUUUAUAUCCCUUUAUUGGUGUUACACAUAAAUUUAUUUGCAGAAAAAGAAAUACAGACACCUCAAUAAAUUCAGGUGUUUUUGGCUACUUAAAAAAACGGAAAGUCGUUCACUGACAGAUAGGAUACGCUUCUCUGAACGGGGGGCGGACGACUUCUUGUCUAAGCGAGUCGAAAAAUCAACAUGUUUUGUCUACUUGCGGAAAAUUUCCAAAAAAUUGACUGAGUUUAUGAAGUUUAGUUCCCAAAAUCUCACUGCGCAAGCGCUAACAGCCAUCUUAAGCGCUCUUAGCAUGGCCUGGUUAAUUGACUACAGAAUAACUUGUUAACUACUCCAAAAUUUUAAAAUACACGUGUUGCAUAUCUAUAAUAGAAUCGUUGCAUCGUUGCAAAACGAUCUUCAAACAAACCGUAUUGUGUCAAUCGGUUUUCGUCUUUUAGCGUCAAAUUUCUAAUAUGUAUGCUAAUUACGUCACGUACAGCUGUAAGCCCUUAUUACAGCACCGACGUCUACUUUUAAAACAUAUGAUGUUUUGAAAAAUUUUCAGACGAGAACGGAUGGUGUGGAGAACAUUUAAAAAGACGCCCUACGUGUGAGAUCGCAUUGUAAUUACUGAGAAGAUGGAGGAUUCAGAAGUUCUUCCGAAACGCAGGAAGCUCGAUCCGCCAGAAGAAGAGCCAAGUGGGCAAAAAGUACAGGAUGCUUUUUCCUCGGAAAAUGAAAGCAACGAAAAGACAACGACAAGCUGUAACGUGCCAAAUCACCACAAGAAAAUAAGAUGGAACUUUAAGCUGGUCCGCCCUGAAGUCCUCAAAUGCUAUCGGAGCAUCGUUGAUGGGUUGAAUCGCGCUGGACCAGAACGAAAAAGAAGCGAUGAGAAUGAAACCGUACCACUACAGCAAAAUGAUCUGAUUUCGAGGGAGGAGAAAAAGGAAAGUGCUUUCGGGCCAAAGAGAAAGCUGGACCCCGAUAGUGUUAAAAAUUGUGUGAAGGAGUCAACUUCAGCAGCAUGUGUGCUGCCAACGAGCUGUUCCAAAUUCCUGACCAUUUCUCACGAGAAGUUAGAACCUUCCAAAGAAAUCAAGAACGGAUGCACCAUGAAUAAUCAUGCACCAACGCAGCAAAAUAAGCUUGAGCGUUUGAUUCUAGAUACUCCAACUAAAGAGAAACUGCAUCACGAAAUAAGAAAAAUAAUCAAAGAUCAUACAAGAGAGGCGAUGGACAGAGCUGAAAGCUUGAAGUCUCGUAUAUCCACCCUAGAAAGUGAAAACCGUUGGUUAAAACAUAGAGUCACUCUCUUGUGGGGCGCUCUUAGGAAACAACUCACUCGUCGAAAGCAAAAUAAGGUUCCUACAACAGCAUUAAUAAGCUCCAAACUACAAGAAAAGCCACAAGUUAAGUCAGAUGAGAGUGGAUGUCUGGAAGCGUUGCUGCAGCCACAACUGCACUCUAAAACUGCAAUUGGAAAUAAAACAAAAGAUGGAUCAUCUAAUUCUCUCCAAAGGUCUGUCACCACUGACACCAACUAUUCCUUGCCCUUUGAUAGUGAAGCAGGUGAUGAGACUCAUGAGAAGGAUAAAGCACUCCCAGUUGUUGGAUCUGAUCCAAAAAUACGACCACCACAUAAUACUAUAAUCGCUUCAGUGGAGCACAGCAUCACCAAUGAUCGGACCACAAAAUCAGUCAGCACAGGUUCCAGUGGUCCCAUCGCAUCCAUCGGCCAAGACACAACGCUUGCCUCUAUUUAUCGUCCAAAACACGCUCAAACGUUGUCCAAAACCCCAGUUCAAACUGGAUUUGGACCACCAACAAAAACAGCCUUACACAAUCCAGUUUUGUCUCCAGUUGUUACUUUGCAUCAUAAAGGAAUUAAUGUACCCUCCAAUGGUAAAACUUCAAAUUCUGCACCAAAUCCCGUCUCCCUUCUUUGUCAAGUCUUGGACGAAAUCCUCGCCAGUUCUGCAAAAGAAGUCCCAAAUCAGUGUACUUUAAACCCGUUGUGUAGACUUGAAGCCCCCACACUACCCAAAAACGUCUACAAGCCUCUUACACAUACCGCCACAGGAAUAAUGACGUCCCAAACAACCCAUCCUGAAAACAAAGAGGUCUUAUGUAAGCAGCACUCUUCUGACCAAAAUAAGAAGAUAUCCAUGAAUUUGUCUUCCACCCAAACUGAAAAAACCUGUCAAGGCGACAACAAAACGUUAUUGGCUAAGCACACAGCAGCGGGAUACCUUUCUCCAAUUUCACUUGAUCAAGAGACAUCUAAAGUAGAAAGCAAGCACAGAGAAUUAUUGGGAAGUACUUGGAUUGUAGAGAAUGAAAGAAAAAAAGAGGCAUCACUUCUUACCAACGACGGUACGUGUUACUACAUAACCCAUGCAGAUACUCAGUUAACGGAUUGUCAACCACAAUCAAAUAUCGCAACCGUGGCCAGUCCAGUUAGCUCUUAUUCACAGCUACCAAAAUCGAUUCCUGAGAAUCCAUCGGUUUUGGGCAGUUCUGGCCAGUCAGUAGGCCUACUGAAUGGCACUAACACGCUAGCGCAAGCUGCAGGGCUUGGCAGUAAAACUACGGACCCAAUCCUUUCUCCAGAGAAGUCCAGUAAAACUCCGCCACUGGGUAGAACACUUGGUGAGAGCUACAAAAUUCACACCCGCGAUCUGAGCCACCAAGGUCUCAAUAACCACGCUUUAGAAGGAUAUUGCGUGAACUCCAAGUCACAAACUUCUCAAAGAAGUUUUAUUUCUCAGCCUGAGGAACCCCAGAGGUAUAAACGCGUCGUUGGGCAACAUGUUCCUAGCAAGGAACCUCUAAAAGGACAGUGUACAAAUGUAAUUACGAGACAUGUCGAUGAACACCAAAAGUCACUCAAAGUUAGAAACCAAAAAUUGGACAAAACGGAACUGUUGAACCCUCCAGAGCACGUAAACAGUCUUUCCCUCCAGUACGAGGAACGAGCGACUCACUCACAGCAAGAUAAUAGUGUUUCCGUAAAUGAACGUCUCUGUAACGGCGAUCAAGAUUUAGCUUCGGUUUCUCAAACCAAACUCAAGGCGAUGCCUUAUCAAGCUAAUCCAGAAGAGGGUGAUAAUUCCCUUUCACCUCCCAGAUUUUACAAUAGUCGAGAGUGCCAAGAACACACACUGAGGCAAGCCCAAAACACUACCUUGGCUCUAAACCAUGCCAUUUCCAAACCUAGGUUCUUGCCCUAUCCACCAAUAAGACCUAAAGAACAGCAGACCCCUUUCGUUCCAGUAAGAUCCAAUAUCCAAUACGUUACCAAAGUGAACAAGCAACAAUCGCCAAAGUCAGAUGGACUGCCACGACUAACAUCACCACUCAAUGGUGAUGCAUUCAGGUGGCCGCACAUCGAGGAAAAGUCUACAAAGAGUGGCAAUAAGGAAUUCUCUGACCAAUUACCAAAAUUUUCAUGUCCUCCAAGUGAUGUCCGGCUACAUAGCCCUUGUUCUUCCAGCACCAAUACGUCAUCGAAGUACAACAAAGAAAGUCUUUUGCUUCACCUUCUUCACUCCGAUCGCGUGCCAUACAUUCCAUAUCAUUUCCCGACGCGCAAUCUUCAGACUGUUAAUGCGGCCAAUCUUCCAAAUAAGAGCUCUGAAACAUGCAGACGGUAUGUUUACUUACAGCCAAAACGUUAUGUUCAGAACAGUAUACAAAAUCUAGAAGAGCCAUCCUUGUGCAAUAGCGAUAAAAUAAAAAGUGAAGGUAUAGCAUUACCCUGUAAGCCGGUUUUGACGGUCGGAGAAGGUUCUUUCAACAGUGCAUCCUUCCAUCCGACUUCAAACCCGAGCCCACGAAUAGAACUAUCACAUCCAUGUCAGCGGUACAUCACUCAACUGAGGAACUCCCCUCACCAAUUAUCUCACGACAAUCCCAUCUACGCAACUGCUAAACUACCACCGUAUGCAGAAAGUGAAUCACUCGAGCUAAAGAACAGUUCACAGCAAGGUUUGAAAUUUCCAAGCCCGUAUAGCUCGAUGAAACGGCAAGAGACCUGUCAACGAGAGGGUUAUGACGCGCAUGAAAUGCAUCUUCAAACGUCACUCUCAGAACACAAAAAAGACAACGACAAUCUACCACAGUACCAACGACCGCAUCUUGUCCAGCACCACCACAAAAAAAUCACCAGUAAAAGACAAGAACACCUCAGUGAAGAGUGGUUAAAAUCUUCUUCAGGUACUCCGAUACCUGUAUCAGAGCCGUCUGAAAAUCGUCAUCCACCUUGCACAGCUGUGAGCGGUGAGCCACAGAAACAGAAACAAGUAUCUUAAAAGAAAAGUACCAUAAAUGAUAAAUGUAUUUCCUUGGCAGGCAGCCAACUUAAAUCAACGUGACAUUUCAAGUUCUGAAUGGCAGCUGUUCAGAACCAGUCUAUGUCAUUAAAAUGGAGUCUUUUCAAUGCAUUUACGAGUCUUCUCACUUUUACCCAGGACUAAAUUUUAAUAAUAUUCACUCGCUAGAAAUUAAAUUUAACAUAAUAAAUAUGAAAGCUGAAGAUUAUAUUGGACUUUUUUAGAAUUAAGAUUUAAACUUGGCUUUUUAAAAUAAGAAAUAGCGAAAAAACUGUUGAAUAUGCAGUUUAAUAAUUUAACUUGUAUUAUUAAUUAACGGCUACAUUUGAAAAUAACGAAUAACGUUGAUAGUCCUUCUUCGGGUUAACAAUGUCACAUCAAUAACAAUGAAGACAUAAUAAGAGCUGAGUUUGCCACAUCAAUAACAAUGAAGACAUAAUAAGAGCUGAGUUUGCCACAUCAAUAACAAUGAAGACAUAAUAAGAGCUGAGUUUGCCACAUCAAUAACAAUGAAGACAUAAUAAGAGCUGAGUGUGCCACAUUAAAAUUAUAUUUUGUGAAGUUUCUUUUGACAUACUGAUUCUAUAACCUCACCAUUUCCAGAGGUGGGAUAAGAGAGUGUGAAACCGGGAACUUAGCAUCAGAAUCGCCAAUCUCAUUUCUUCGGUAAAAGAACAACCCGUUUUCAGAACUAACAUUGAAAAGCAAUAUCCCCAAUUUGUCAAGCAUAAUAUACCUUACCCUAGCACACCUAAUGUGUGCUUUUACUGACUUCAUGAGGGUGUGUUAUCACUAACUUCAUCUUUCAAGUACGAUAAUUCAUUGCGGACACAAUUAUGAUUACGUAUACCUCUUUCAUCAACCAGAUGGUUAUUUAAAUACUUAAUAUGUUAAACCUCCAUAAAAAUGUUUGCUACCAUUGUAUUGCGUUGGUUAGGCAGAAUAUUUAUUCAGAAUAUGAUAUUCAUUCUCCCUGUAUAUUUUGUUAGCUCGCAUUUGCAUUUUUUCCUUGGCAGACUGUACUGAGGCAAAAUGAAUUGGGCAGGGGUCUCUGCAUUUAAGGCUACUCCUAGAAUAAUCUUAGUAAAACUUGGCUCCCUCCGACCCCAGGAUUGAAGAUAUGCAUAAUUGGAUGGUUGGCAUAGGUAUGCUGGUUAUGAUCCUGUGUCAUGUUUUGACUGGACAUUUCUUGGCCCCUAUAUUUUUGCCUCUUGGGCUUAUCGCCAAGCUCCUUGGUAUUUUUCCUCCUGAGAAUCAUAGAUACAAAUGAUACAAUUUCGUGAUUGACUACCCUGCAUGAUAAUGAAAUUU